AUGCAUCUAUCGGCGGCGCCGAGCGCCCAAUCUAUCUGUACUACGCAUACCAUACGUGGUGUACCCACGCGCGCGCCCGUGGGCCGUGGGCCCCGCGGAGGGCGGCGAGGGACAGACGCCCGCGCGUGGAACCGCGACAAAAUAGAGAGCAGCGAGCGCCCUGCCUCCGCACCGCCGCACCGCCGCACCGCACUCUCCCGCGCGCGGCGCACACCUCCGCGCGCGCGCCUCGGCCUCGCGCAGCCUCGGCCUCGUCUCCAACCCGCCCGGCCAUCUCCCGCGCGCACGGGCCUCCUCCCCGUCGUCGACGCAGACGCCCGGCGGCCCCCCGCGCGAAUUCGCGAGGCCGGCGGUGGCCGCGGGCGGGGGCGGUCCGGCUCUGAGCGCGCGGUGCGCGGUACCUCGAUGCGAUCCCGUACGACGCUACGAUGCAUGCACCGUGCGCUCCCCGCCGCGCAUGUCGUGUCGAUAGCCCGUGUUCCCGUCCGCUGGUGUCGUCGUCGCGCAGAGCUCACUCGAGUGGAGCGCGUGCGUUCCACGGGCGUGCGGCGGCGCGUGUAG